UCCUUCUUGCGACCUGUGGACGCACACAUUUCUACUUCUUCACUUACUCCAUUAUGAGUCUGAAGACCGGGUUGGUGGUCCUCCUUCUCUGCAUCCCAGGGCUGCUCCGUGCUGAGUGGGGGGGGACCUAUACUGAGACGGAGAUCUGCGCAUUUAAAGGAUCCACUGUAAAGCUUCAGUGCGACUUUAAGUUCCCACCCACAGAAGACGGCCGUGAGAUCAAGGUCGUGGAAACAUUUUGGUUCACCAAAGAUCCGAAUGAAAAUCUGAGACUGGACCCUCAGUACUUUGGUGGUGUGCAGUCUGAGUGUCAUGGCAACAUCUGCAGUCUGACCAUCGCAGACGUGAGACGGAGUGACGAGUACACGUUCAGAUUCACAACUGACCAUUCCAGAGGAGGGUACACCGUCACGCCUGGUGUCAAAGUGACCGUCACUGAUCUGAAAGUACUAGUGUCCCUGUCCAGGUAUGAAGAUGGCAAUCAUUGGUAUGAUCUGAAGUGUGUCAGCAACACUUGCAGUCCUAGGUCUCCUUCCUCAUACGUCUGGUAUAAGAAUGGAGAGGAAAUCCCAAAUGCAAAGUCUCAAGAGUACACAGUAUGGUACAACUCCAAAAACAGUUACUCCUGUGCUGUGAGAGGACACGAGCAAGCUGUGUCUCCUCCAGAGUGUCUGGUGUACAGGUUGUGUAACAUGGUGGUUUACCAAAAGAGACACAUCUGUGCCAUCCGAGGAUCAUCAGUGGACAUUACCUGUGAAUACUCGAGCUAUGGAAAAACCCUGACGAAAUCCUGGCUCCGUACAGAUUCUAGUCACUGGUGGAAUCCCUCCACGACUGAAUAUGUCCUGUCAGACCCUCGGUAUGUAGGUGGUCUUGAAUUACCUUCGGAGAUUUCUGGGAAAAGCACACUGAGGUUCAUCGAUGUGAGCCAGAAUGAUUCUGCCGAGUACCGCUUCAUAUUCACCACUGACGGUUUUGAAUGGAGGAGUAUUUUACCUGGAAGCACCUUGACAGUAGCAGCUGUGCAGGUGCAGGUGAUGUCAGUCAGAGUUGAAGAUUCUCACCUUGUUGCACAAAUGUUGUGUCACACAAGCUGCCUUCCAGAAGCUCCUUUGUCUUUUGAGUGGCAGAAGAAUGGAGAGGAUAUAAAGUCUGGAACCAAAGUAGAAGUCACCUUGUCACCUGGAGACUACAUCACCUGUGCUGCAAAACAACAUCAACAUAUCAGCGUCUCUUCUCGCCUGUAUGUUCUGGAAAGACCCUCAGUGUCUCUGAAGGAUACUUGUGACAUUAUGGAGGGUUGUCCACUGACACUGACCUGCAGCAUGGACGUCCCAGCAACAGUUGAUUACCGCUGGUACAAGAAGAAGAAUGUGUCUUCAGAUGAUGAAGUCCUCAGUAAAGGUCGACAACUGGUCUUCAAGUCCAUCAAGUCUUCAGACUCGGCAGAGUAUUGGUGUACUGUGGAGAACCAGCUGGGAAAGAACGCAUCAGAACCCGUCCUCAUUGAUGUCCAAUAUCCUCCCAGGUCGUCCUCUUUGUCUAUCCAGGAGGGACAAUUCGGGACUCUGACCUGCAGUAGCGAUGCUAACCCGGCCGCCAGCUACACCUGGUACAAGGACAGCAUGUCUUCUCCUCUGGCAUCAGGUCAGACGCUGGCCAUCAAAGACAUCAGUCCAGGUCAGACGCUGGCCAUCAAAGACAUCAGUCCAGGUCAGACGCUGACCAUCAAAGACAUCAGUCCAGGUCAGACGCUGACCAUCAAAGACAUCAGUCCAGGUCAGACGCUCGCCAUCAGGAACGUCACAGAGCAGGGUGGCCAUGAUUACUACUGUGAGGCCAACAACAGCAGGGGGCGCCACAUCAUUGGUGUGCACGUGAUCGUGACCGGAAUGUCCUGUAGAACGAGAAACAUCAUCAGGCUGUUCUGUUCUGCUGUUGUGUUCGUGGGCAUCCUGAUCAUACUGACUCUGGAAUUCAGGACGACAACGUCUCCCUCAUCCACCGCGGAUCCAAAUGAGCUCGUCCAGCCUGCAGAGCAGCUGGACGAUGGCGACUAUGAGAACAUUCAUGAAGAAGACGCCCUGUGACGGCCAUCGUUACAAAGUUGUUUUAAAAUAGUCAUAUUUUCACUUCCCGUGUUGGAAUGUCUAACACUGAGGGAAAAGAAUAAAAGUACUUUACUUAUGCACAGACUAAGGAACAGAGGAUAACCCUCCGACCCGCCGAGCAUGGCGUUAUAAUUGAUAAUAUAAUUGACAUUUGUGGUCUUACAGAAAUACAUGAACCCACACAUCGGAACGGCAAUACAUUUGAUCUGGUUCUGGUUCGGGGUGUUGCCACUUUUAAAGUACUUCUGUGGCGGCGUCAGAGAAAGUUGUACAUGUAAACCAACUGUUGAGUCCCAGUCCAGACAACGGUGAGUUCAAGGGCCGCUGAAAUUAGUAGGACCAAACGGCGCUCGCCAAUUACUCUCAUCAGUGAAGCACGAACACAAACAUAUUAAAAAGUGGGCUUUCUAACAAUUAGGAAGGUUUGUGUCUGCCAUGUUUGUGAUCAUGUUUUGGUUAUGUUCUGCUGGUUUUUGGACUGUUUUAGUUCCUGUUUGCGCACCCUGGUUUGUUUUAGUUUCCAUGACAACUCAUUGGUUUCACCUGACUCAUUUGGACUCACACACCUGUUGUCAAUCACAACAUUAUUAUUUAAGCCUGUAGUUGCCAGGUAGUCGGCCUGGCGACACUGACAUCAUUCAUGCUCUGCACUAAUGAUAUACCCCUGCUACUCUGUUUUUGCGCUGUCUAUGCCAUAGAUUCAUGCUCUGUAUUUUAUGCCAAGUAAGUUUUGUUUUUUCAUGUCCAUAGUUUAUGUUAUAGUAUUAGUUUUGUUUUGUGCCUCCGCUGUGAGCGCUUUUUGUUUAUACUUUUUAUUGUAGAAAUGAAAAGAUGUCAUUACCUUCACGUGGUGUCCAGUCAAGUCGCUUUGCACCACGGGAAAACAAACCGCACCAUAGUCCACGUCUUGACAGUGUCGUGUUUGUGCUCCUACAGAAACCGGAUCACAACAAAAAACAUAUUUUUCACCCCAUUUUUUUCCCAUUUCAAAACAUUUUUUUCGAAAAAGGCUCCAUGGAGCCACCAGGGCGCCGCUCAAGAGCCGCAUGUGGCUCUAGAGCCGCGGGUGGCUAACCCCCGCCUUAACGCCUCAGGCAUGUUUUUAAAAGUGCGUUGAAGUUCUUAGAGGAACCUGCAAAGAAAAUAACACAGAA